CCGCUUUCCCACAAUGGCGGACGCGCUCCGGCUCCCACUUCCGCUCCGCGGCUCCCUGACCUUCCGCUCUUCCCCCCUCCUCCACUGACGACGUCGCAGGCGACCUUUCCCUUUCCGUCUCCGCCUCACGUCACGUGAAGGAGAGAAAGAUAUUUGCGCAUGCGCCAGAGUCUCCUUAGGUUACCCGUAUGUUCUCCAGUUGGAGACUGCCGAUAACAGGCGAUUCAAACAGCGCCGGGUGCUGGAGAGGCGCAUGCGCGGUCCUGCCUACUAAAGGUAGGGUGGACUGACGUUAAAUUUUCUUCGUACUUCUGUGGGAAGCUGCUAGAGGGUAGGAGUGGAAGCGUAUCCUUUGAUGUUCAUUUGGGAGCUUGGCCUGUCUGUGAACCAUGAGUCCGACUGAUGCCAAACGCACUGGAGCUAAGCGCAGGAAGAACAAAAGUCUAGCUAACAGCGUGCAAAUCAAGUCUGCUGGGUCUGCUUCCUCAGCCACCAUCUCUUUCUCCUCGCCAUCCACUUCCACUGUGGCCUCUUUCUCUCCUGCCACCGGUAGUGAACUUCUGGUAACUGCUGAAGCUGCCUCCAUAAUUUCCAGUGAGAGCAUGAGAAAGUCUAAAGUCCCCAAAAAGCGUUGCGGAGGAACUGUUAAUUCUAGGCAAACGCGCAUGCAAAGUCGAAUGGCUGCUGUAGAAGUGUCUUCACAAAUGGAGCCAAUUGACCUUGAAGAAAGUGCUUGUGAAGAAGUAGUAGAUCUCACUUGUGAAACUUCAGAACCAGUAGUAGUUGACCUUACACACAAUGAUUCUGUGGUGGUGGUUGAAGAGCAUGUGCGGCAACAGCAGAAUCGAAAAUUAAGGCAGCAUCUUCCUGACAGCUGUGUAUUAAGUAGUGAUGAUGAUGAACCAAGAGACAAUGAUGUUGUGCUGACUAGUACUUUGUCGAGAGAAUUGGAAUUGAUGGAAGCUGGAGUUACAGGCUCAAGGCGUUCCGGUACUGUGAGCUGCCCAAUUUGCAUGGAUAUCUAUUCGGAAAUUGUACAGAGUGGACGACUCAUCGUGUCAACAAAAUGCGGUCAUGUCUUCUGCAGCGAAUGUCUCCGUGAUGCUCUAAGGAAUGCCAACUCUUGUCCAACAUGUAGGAAGAAACUUGGCUGCAAGCAAUAUCAUCCUAUAUAUAUAUGAAGUUUCAGGUUGUUCUCAGAAGAAUUCACAUCGUGCUUCUGAAGAAUAUUUCCUUAUAUGUCUGCAAAUAAAUGAUUACAAAUUGUAAAUAUUGCCUCAGUGUAACUUUCCAUGAGCCUGCCCUAUUAUAUGAAGCUCACUAUUGGCUUUACAAUUCAUCAACAUCCACUGAUGUUGAAGAUCAGUAAUGACAGCCACUUGGUAUUUUUAUACUGUUUUGAAAGUAUUUCAGUGGGAAUAUCUGUGGUACUUUGACAGUGCAAUCUAUAGAGAAAGGGGCCUGCACUGGUGUAGAUAUCACCUCAAACUAGCAUAAGUGGCAUUUACGCUGGUGCAAAGGCACAUAUGCUAGCACCAGUAAACUGCAGCACCCAGGCACCAGCACUCUUCUGGCGCAGAGGCUUGCAUUAGAGCCAGUGAGGACAUUCCCAGGUGCAGAGCUGACUAGUCAGCAUCUUGAGGGCUUUCAGCCAGGGAACACCCCCUUUAAUUUCCAGUGACUUAUGUCACUUGAAAGGCAAGCACAUCCCAUUUGCUUGCAGCUCCACUAAUAAAUUUCUUCUCUCUUUAAGCAUCCUGCACUGCUGAGAUCCUCUUUGGAGCACUCCCUUUCUCUGUGGAUUGGGUUGUAAAAGGGAUAAAUGACCAUGUGUUUGUUCAAUACUUGAAAAUCAUAAUCAUGGUAAUACAAAGUAAAGCUAGCAGAUAACCAGAAAAACUGCUACUUCUAUAAAUCUGUAAGAAUUCCAAGGAGACUAGUCUUCAUCACCAUGCUUCAUCUCACUUUUAUUGCAAAUGUGAUGCUCUGAUAAUUUGUUUUCUGUUGGAAUCACUGUAGAAGACACAAAUGAUAUUUGGAAGAAACACUCAGCUUCCUAUAGCCAUAAUCUAUUGUGAAAUAAUCUUCUGUGUAUUCAGCAGCUUUACAGCAAAGAAAGUUUAAACCUUACCCUUUCUCUCCCAGGCAGGACUUACAGUAACAAACUUUGGACCCUGCAAUAUAUUCCUAGUAAAAUGAUACACAUGGUGAAUGAUACUCUGAUGAUCUCUUCAAUAAGUUUAUGUUACUAAUUCUAAAACAGAUAGUUGAUCUUAAGCACAUCUCAGUCUUCUGCUGAACAAAAGCGUCUUCCGUACAAUUCUUAAACUUUGCAAACCAUGGCAUUGCUGUUCAUUGAGGCACUGACAAGCACCCUAAUAUUAAAUCUGACCUUUAAAAAACAGAUAAAUUUGAGUGAAACAGUUAGGUUAAGUUUUGGCACCAGAUGAAAUGGUAAGAAUAGAACAUGUUCUUGUUUAAAUCUUAGGAAUUAUAUUCUGUUACAUCAAAGAGAGUUUAAUUCAGCAGUUGCUGAAUUACGAACUAGUUUGGCUUUUUGCAGGCUUUAUCUUGCUUCACUGUCUUAGAAAAGCUGCUGGAGUGUCCUGAAAUGUUCCCAAAAUUUCCGUUUCGGAAACUUUACAGGACAGUUCAUCCUUUUGAGCCUCACCACCAUAAAGAUGAAGUUUUUCCUCCAAAAUGGACAGACUCUACUUAGUUACUUUCAUCUUCCAAAACCAAAAGUGUAGCAUCAUAUUGUAACUUCAUUGUAAUAGCUUGAGUGUGAUUAUAUUGCUUCUGUGUAUAGGAUCCAGAGCUGAAAAAGGAUACCCAAAUAAAAUACAUUCAGUUACUUUUUAUGCAAGUUAGUUCGCCACUUGUGCCUGGGAGAGUAUCAUCCAAAGAUGGCAACAGUUGUUUAUCAUAUUUGUUAAACCAUUACAACUACAAAAAGCAGUCACAACUGUGAGUGCAUUGUAUAAGCUGACUAAUGUAUUGCCUAUCAGCAGCCUAAAGUAGGACUUUGAAUUUUAUUUUGCUUCUGCACUCAUGAGGGGGGAAAUAUUCCAGUUCAGUUGAUUGAUGAAGUUGUAAAGGAAAUAGCCCCAAAUCUGAUUGACUGGCAGUUCACCUGUUAUACCACAAAAAAAUGGUAGAGUUUUUGUUUUGCAGUGUGAUGAUAGAAUAGAGAACUCAGUUCUUCUAAUCUGUAGUUAAGGGUAGAAUUAUAAAGUAUUUUCUAAAGUAGCAUAUUUUUGUCUGUUGUGUUUCUAUGAUUUUAUGAAUUAAGAUGUUCUUGUUAAAAAGAUUGGGGCAUCAACCAUUAGUCUGUCAUAGAGUACUUAGCUGUAAACCUAGCAAACCCUGACAAAAAUCUCAUUUGCUAACACCUCAAGUUUAAAAGAUAGAUAAUUGCUACAUAGGACAGCCAUAAUAUCCAACCAUGUGCUGGAAGUAUUUUUUUUUUUUUACAUUCGUCAUUAGGGUUUGGGACAUUAGGUUUCUCUCAGUCAGGAGAUGGCUAUUGAUAGUUACACCAUUAGAGAGGCUGCAUAUGACAGGCUGCUCAACCAACAUUAGCUUUGAAAACCUCUGUAGAAUAUGUUGAUCGCAGGGUAUUUUUUUGAUGAAAGAUGACUGAUCAAAUCUUCAACCUCAGUCAUUGUUAAAGAAUGCAGUGGAAUUAAUUUGUUCAUUUUGAAAUGUACUGUUAAGGAUGUGGUGCCUCAAACCUCUUGUUAAAUGUGGCAGAACAAAGUAUUUCACAAUCCCAGAAAAAUGUUAAAUGCUACAGAACUGCCAUUACCAUAUAUUUGUUCGCUGUUUCAAACGUUAUUGAAGGUGGUGGGUUUUUUUUACUGAAAUUUUGCUGAUGGAGGGGAGGGGCUUAAUGUUGCCUGAUUUUUUUCCUCACUACAGACCCCUUUUGGGAACUGCAUGAUUCUGCCAGGGAAAACAAAGACUAAGUCAUUUCUGCUGUUGGAAAGGUGUCAGAAACCUAUCUUUUUACAAUAUCUUAGCUUGCAUAGCAGCAAAUAAAUUGAAGCAUAAUUACUUCUGAUGUUUGCUUUUUAGUUUUAAAUAAAAACUUGUAUGUGUAUUAAAGUUAACUAGAGCUUGUA